CAGCAAAAGCUCCUGGUUUUUUUUAUAUUAUAUAUAUAUAUAUAUAUCUUGCAAACCGACAGCUUCUCGUUUUAUACUUCAUCUGGUCCGGGAGGAGAGCACUUAGAACUUGCAUCGGGCUCUGCAGCAUUCAGGGACAGCCCAGGGCACUUUCUGCCUCUUUCCCUCCCUUCCCUCAAUCCUUUGUGGGGGGGGGCUUUUUUUUCGUUUUAAAUGUGUCCCUUUUUUGUUUUAUUUUCUCGUCUGGCUUCAAGAGCGGCGGCGGCUGAUUUCUUCAUGUGAGCCCAGCUAGUUUGAGAGGGAUCGCUACGUUGUGACAAGGAAGCCAAGGCAAGCAAGAGUCGAGUCUUCCCCCCCCCCCCCCCCCCCCCCCCCCUCACUUCUCUCUCCAUGCACUGUGCCAUUCAGAGAAGUUUUACUUACUGAGAAACCGUCCGUGCAAAGACGCUGGGGGGGGGAAAAAAAAGGAAAGGACAUCUGUACAAACACAGGCGAGAAACAAGACAAAAAAGGGACUUUAUAAAGUGUCAGGAACACCCAGAAGAGACUCAAAGCAAUGACUACAGAGCUGGCCAUUAAUGCAGAGUUGCCCACCAGCCCGCUUGCCAUGGAGUAUGUCAACGAUUUUGACCUGAUGAAAUUCGACGUGAAAAAGGAGCCCUUGGGAACUGACCGCUCUGGGAGACACUGCAACCGGUUACAGCCCACGGGGUCGGUCUCCUCCACCCCUAUCAGCACCCCUUGCAGCUCGGUGCCUUCUUCCCCGAGCUUCAGCCCCACCGAGCAGAAGACCCACCUGGAAGACCUGUACUGGAUGACAAGCAACUACCAACAGCUCAACCCGGAGGCUUUGAACUUCACCCCGGAGGACGCGGUAGAAGCCCUGAUUGGCAGCGCCCACGCCGUCCAGCAGCUGCAGGGCUUCGAUGGCUUCAGGAGCCACCACCACCACCACCAUCACCACCACCACCAGUACCAAGGGGUGAACCCCGACGAGCUGGGCAACGCCAGCGCCCACCAUCAGCAUCACAGCCAUCACCAACAGCACAGCUCGCCCGCCUCCUCUACCUCCUCCGCCUCGCAGCAGAUCCAGAGCUCCCCCCAUCACCAGAGCCUGCACGCCGAGGACAGGUUCUCCGACGAGCAGCUGGUCAGCAUGUCGGUGCGGGAGCUCAACAGGCAUCUCCGGGGCUUCUCCAAGGACGACGUGAUCCGCCUGAAGCAGAAACGCAGGACCCUGAAGAACCGGGGCUACGCUCAGUCCUGCAGGUACAAACGGGUGCAACAGAAGCACCUGCUGGAGAACGAGAAGACCCAGCUCAUUCAGCAGGUAGAGCAACUCAAGCAAGAGGUGGCUAGGCUGAUGAGGGAGCGAGAUGCCUACAAACUCAAGUGUGAGAAACUCGCCAGCAAUGGCUUCAGAGAGGCCGGGUCCACCAGCGACAGCCCACCGUCUCCAGAUUUCUUCAUUUAAGUCGACAGAUAAAGGGGAAUAUCGUGCUCUUCGUGCCUGGCUCAUCGUGUUUGCAAGAGCAACUACGGGGCAACAUCUGGACACAAGCAUUUGCUGGAAGCUUUGACCCUGUACGGUCAAUCUAAAGUAGGAUUAAACAGGAACACCCAUCGUUGCUAACAUCAUCUGUAAUGCGCUGCUCAAAGGGAUAGUGAAAGCAGAUUCAAUAAUCACUUUCAACAGGGAAUUGGAUAGAUACUUGCAAAUGAACAUAGAUUAUGAAAGAUGUCAGUUAGCUCCUCGAACAUGUUCCACCAUUAUGCUGAUCUGCAACCUAACUCCAGAAACCCACCUUUUCCUCGUAAUCUCUUAAUGCCUUUGGCUAACAAAAACCUAACAAUCUCAGUAUCAAAAUUAACAAUUGAUCUAGCCUCAAUUGCCAUUAGUGUAAGAGAAUUCGAAACCUCUGCCAUCCUUUGUGUGGAGUAGUAUUUCCUAGUUUCACUCCUAAAAGAUCUGAUUGGAAAUUUAGACUAUGACUCCAGUCCUAGACUCCCCAAGAAGUAGCAGAAAUAAUCUCUCCCAAUCUACCUAAUCAUGUCCCCUUAAUACUGUAAAUUGAAAACUUUGAUCAAAUCAUCCUUAACCUUGUAAACGUAAAAGAAGAAAAAAUGCAGGGCAAUGGGAAAAGAACACAUGCUUGGAUCUAUUUAGCUCUAUUGAAGAGCUGGCAGAGACAUGAUGGGCCGAAUGUCUUCCAUCUGUGCUGUAUGAUUCUCUGCCCACAAAUUUAAAAAAGAUUAUACACUGAUCCUUGCCUAUGUGAAGAUUGACAGUCAUUUUAUUUCACUUGUUAUUUUACACUGCUCUCCGCUGUUUAGUGUGUGUGCAUGUGUGUGUGAAUGCAAUUGUGUUUAAUUGUUGUUGACGAUGAGUAGGGCAAGUUAUUUUGUUUCUUUCAGCAAGAAAUGUGCUAAUGCUCAAGUCCACUUAGCAACUGGCAUUCUUACUGCCUUUGGGACAUUGAAGUUGUUGCGAAGCCUCUGUGCAGUAUGGCCAUAAACAUCGAAAUUCUCAGGGUUUGUUGUGGGACAUUGCAUUAGAUCAAAUCACUUAGCAUAAUAGUGAGCAUGAGUUGACAUUCUGACUAUUGUAGCACUGCAGCAUAAAAUCCUUAAGUGGGACUCUCGUCAUAUUAAGUUCCUACUAACUACUGCUUUAGUCCGCACAAAAUGAUUUGUGCACAUUUAUGAUGCAUUCUGAGUUCAAGCAGCCUUGCCUCCCCCCCCCACACUUCAACCAGAAAGGAAGUAUUCAUUUUCUUCCCGAACCGCCAUGCAAUGCUGCAUUCAUGUAAAAUGAUCUCUUAAGCCUUGCUUACACAUUGCUUUCAUCAUAGAUUCACCGGAUAAGAUCACUAAUGGCAUUUUUUUUAAUGAGCACACAAGUUCUCUCUUCCACACUUGCUGCGGGAAAAAAAAUAGAAAGUAUCAAAGACUUUAAUCUGAUUUGAUAAUAAUGCUGUAAUUAUUCCGUCAUUAUUGUAUUGGCCCUCAGCGGUUAGCAUUUUGCAAAGAGGGUCAAACUACAGGGAAUGAAUGCCCUAUUAUCAGAAGGCUACUACAAUACUCAAAACUCAUCGGCAUGCCACAGUUUUUAAAAACUCAUUCUCGGUGUCACUAGCAAGGCCAGCAUUUCUUGGUCAUUGCUAACUGCCCUUGGCAAGGUACUCAUGAAGCCCCUUCUUCUUGAACCUUUAAAAUGAGGCAGCCGGUGGAAGGAGGUAGCUACAAUCCAAAAAACUAUGAUGGGAGCAUUAGAGAGUCUCAGUGUAUUUAACUGCACAAAGCACUGGUGGAAAGAAACAGUUGCAGCUAAAAUUCUUAAGAGUGGGACCUUUUUAAAAUGAGCCAAAUGGCGCUAGCUCACCUGCCAUGCUCAGUGUUUUGGGAUGAGUGGUGCGAGUGAACAGAAAGAAGUCUGCACAGUAAGGCUGAUAAGAUAUUGCUUCUGUUAGUUUUUUUUUUA